AUGGACCUCAAGCAAGGAGAUCGGCCAUGGAAGGCAGAGUCCGAAACCAAGAAAACCACCAGACCUUCAAGGACGCGUCUGGUGUGUCUGACAUUGAUGUUCGUUCUUGUCACCUAUCAACUGAGGGUCUGGGUGAAUAUUCUUCGAGAAGCCAGCACACCCUUGAGAAACGACGCGAUAAAGGGAAGCUCUCCCUUUCAAUGGCCAGAUAUCUCGCCUUCCCAAGAGCUCGAGUACCAUGAAUGCUACGACAAAUUCCAGUGCGCUCGUCUUGAGUUGCCUAUGGAUUACAAUGGCACCGACACCCCCGACAACAAAAUCGCCAUCGCCAUCAUUCGACAGCCAGCUAAGGUCCACGUGAGCGAUCCUCGUUACGGGGGAGCCAUCCUUGUCAACCCAGGUGGUCCAGGUGGCUCGGGAGUAGCCAAGGUUCUUUAUCACGGCGAGUUGAUCCAGCAAGUCGUCGACUCGGACCGGACACCCAACGAAUCGCAUGACUCGGACAAAUACUUUGACAUCAUUGGUUUCGACCCACGAGGCGUCAAUCACAGCACACCCGUGUUGUCUUGUUUCCAGGACAAUUUUGCCCGGCAAGUUUGGAAUCUGCAAAGUGAAGCUGAAGGUAUCCUUGGAAGCUCAGGCGCUUCACUAAGGAUAGCCUGGCGGCGUGCAAGAGCAUUAGCGGACGGCUGUUCCAGCCGACUUGACGGGUCAAAUCAAACCCUUCUCGAACACGUCAACACCACGCCCGUGGCCGCUGAUAUGGCCGAGAUCAUCGAGCGUCAUGGUCAGUGGAGAGAAAAGCAGGGCCAACAGGCACAGCGAGCGUACAACACGGCGCACAAAUGUCACGCGGACAGUCAAAUCAUUGCACGCACACGUUGGAACAAAGGUCAGGAGAAACUUCUCUACUGGGGAUUUUCAUACGGCACAUUACUCGGAUCGACAUUCGCAGCCAUGUAUCCUGAACGAAUUGAGCGAGUCGCACUGGACGGCGUAGUGAAUGCAGAAGAUUACUACCACGGGCCAUGGACGAGCAACUUGCGAGAUACGGACCAUAUUCUGGAGAAACUGUUCAUCUACUGUGACGAAGCCGGACCUGAACAAUGCCGAUUCUGGCGCACAGGAGGUCCCCAGGCAAUCCAAGCUGCAUAUGAAAAACUGCUACGUGACAUCUGGGACGAUCCACUGUCGGUGGUCGGCGACCAACGGCGAGGACCCGAAAUUAUCACUUGGAGCGAUCUUAAGAUGAUCGUCAAGAACGCGUUAUACCAACCCGUCAUCUUCGGAGCCGUCAUGGCAGAACUACUACAAGACAUCACCAACGGCACCGGCAGCGUAUUUGCCGACUACAAAGAGAAGAAUCGGACGCCGGCAUGCCGAUCGAGCGAAUGUAUCGCCGACGGCCCAUUCUCUGAAGCAUGUACAUCACCGGGAUGGAGCGAGAUGGAGGCCACCAGAGCGGUUUUGUGCACCGACGCCGAAGGCAUAGGCAGUUUCACCGAGGACGAGUUCCGCGUCUACUGGGAGCAAUUGCAGCACCAGAGCGCCAGCAUGGGAGACUUUUGGGCACAGACACGACUCGACUGUGCGGGUUGGCGCAAGCUUGCCAAGUGGCGGUUCGCAGGGCCUGUUGCAGGCAAUACCUCUCAUCCUAUCUUGUGGAUCGGCAACACCUACGACACGGUCACGCCGUUGUGGAACGCUCAUCGUAUGAGUGAACACUUUCCAGGCUCGGUGGUCUUGCAGCAGGACUCUGAGGGUCAUUGUUCGAUAACUGCCCCGAGCUUGUGCACUGCCAAAGCGGUCAGAUCGUAUUUCCAGACUGGUGUUUUGCCAGCCCAGGGAACCGUCUGUGUUCCAGAGGUCAAGCCCUUCGGGAUCAAGCCUUCCAGUGAGCAAGCUCUCACUGUUAAAGAUACAGAACUGCUCGCCGCUCUCACUCGUAUCGCUGAGACGGUGUCCUUCAUCUGAAUUAGGCCCGUGAGAGCCUCAACAGCAGCUGUCUCCGACCGAGUUUUAUUCCUACUGUUCUACAAAUUUCAUUUUUCAGCGCAAAGAGAACCCAUGUAUCGACAGGAUGAAUGGUCAUUUUAUUUUGCAUUUGGUCAUGAUCUGACAUGAGACGAAUUUGGAAGCGGAUUUGAAGCAAGCCCUACUUGAACUUUUCUAUCCAGUGACAUUUUAUCAUUUCCUGGAUUUAAUGAACCCUUUUUCUUGUUUAUGCAAGUCUUUUGGUUGUUUGGAGCCGAACAGAUACUAGACAUCUAUCGGCAUGAAUUCAUUGCAAAGCAGAGGACGAAACGUUGUCUUGCCCUUUCGCUACGCUGUUGCAGUGGCGGUGUUCCGAGACAGUGAGUUCGAGUCCAGUGGAUUUAUGGCGAAGUAGGCUUGUUGGUGGAAUACGGG